GUGAAUCUCGGCCACAGGGACAACUUCGACAACAGGAUAUUCCGCCAGAUAGGAACUCCCCCCAUGGACAACUCCAUCAUGUCGAACUCCGCUUGAUCGGAGUAAAAUCCGUCGAUGAGGAGCUUCCCCAGCUACAAAUUGAUCCAUGAGCUUUUUCCUCAACCAGAAUUCGGAAACAAAUGUAGUGAACGUCAACGUUUACACUUUUGAGCCCUCCAAACCAUUUGUUGUGGCUCCAAUCCACGGCCUAUUCACUCCGUCUGGAGGUCAAAUCUUGCCCCGAUGGCGUGGGAGAAAUCGCUUUGUUUUCAUUACUGAGCUGACGCACAUUUCAGCCACCAGGGACCUCUAGUGUUUCUUGGUCUUGCCCAUAGCCGUUCUUGAAAAAGUGAUCAGACGGCAAAGGCUUACUUGGUACCGAACUUCAAAAGCCUAUCCUAAGGUGCCUCCCAGAGCCAGCGUUUAUCAUUUGUUACAUUUUUAAUCGAGGGCGGAGUAACUUCCCCUAGAGCUAAAUGUUUCUGGUCAGUGAUUGGGCGAUUGUUAAAUGGACGAUGGAUUUCAGAACACAAGCAAAAAUUCAGUCACAUAGAUGACUGCAUGAUUACCAUAAAUAGUUUUGGGGGCAAAACGUGGAAAAACAUUCGCUCCCAAAAAGUUUUAUCUCGUGGUGCUAACGCACACAAUUGUUAUUUGCCGUCUGUACGAUUCUCAGUCAGUCGGCCAAUUUACGUGCGAACUUAUGGGUUUCAAGAUAAGAAUAAUUUACGCCUGAUCACGGACUCAUAGAGAUGUGGACUGCGUACGCAAGCAUAUAUUUCUUUUCUCCUAAACCGUUUACUUAAUACCAAAUAAGCACUACAUACGACCACAAGAUCUGGGUGAACAGAGGAACUUGCCCACAUUUGAGCCACAAAUUAUGCUUAGAGAAAUCAGAGGACAUGUCCAAAGUUAUGUAGUAAACACUAUAUCAAAUUCAAAUUUUCGGCCUGAUCUUGGUCACCAACAUAACCUUUUGAUAAUAUAACUUUGAAACUGACCGCUUUGAAAGUAAAUAAUAUAAAAAUGAGCUGCCUUUAAUCGAAGAGAUCAACUUUUCCUUUUUUAUUGCUUUAAUUCAAAAAGUGGCUCAGAUUUCCUAUGACCAAGAGCAGGCGCGCCCGAUUUGGGGGGGGAGGGAAGCUCGUUCACAGUCCAUAUUUCUAGAAGUUCGUGGCCUGAUUCAUUUUGCGAAAAGCAUUUGCUUAUGCGUGCAAAGCAUAAUGCCAUUUCCAAUGGGACCGUAGAGAGAGAGAAAGCAAUCAUCAGAAAAGUUUCAUCAACAACAUGAGUUGGAAUGUGACAGACACCAAUUCCCAACGGGCUCACCGUCAAAACACUCUUAAAGCUCGGUUGAAUGGGGCCACUCAGCAAAAGUUUAUCCCGCCCCCAGAGGCAUUGAGGCGAGUACGGGAAGUCACCCACAAACUGAUUGUCCUCCUUCAAAACCCCGAGAACAAGUUCAAAGUCGACCGAUGCGCCCCUGGCGGUUCUUACGGCAAAAGGACCGAUACUUGUCUCAAGGUGGAUUUGGAUAUCGUUGUAUUCAUUUCCACCAAGGCCAAGACCAAAAGGCAAGGUGGAUACGAUGAUUUGGACGAUAUGCAAUUGAGGAAUGAUGUGUUUGACGAGUGGCGAUCCUUGCUUCAAGCACAACUGGGCUUUAAGCCUGAGGAUUUCAGUGGAGUCGUUGCCUUGUCCUUUCAAAUGGAUGGCAUAGACAUCGACUUGGUCCCCGCCCCAAGUUUCGACCAAGAUCCCACGGAAAAUGCCACCAAGGUCUAUAACAAGAUGACAUCGUUUACCGACAAAACUGGAAGUGCUUAUUCUGCGGCCUUGACAGAGGUUGCCAUUCAAUUUGUGAAGCAGCAACCUCCUCAUACCAACGAUUUGUGUCGCUUGACCAAGUUUUGGCAAAACGGCGUUCAAUAUGCAGAACGUGUGGACGGAAGAUCGUUUUUGUUUGAAUGUUUGAGCAUUUACACCGUUCGUGAGAUGCCCAAUGGUGGGAAGAAUAUCGUGGAGGCCUUCUGUUCGUUCUUGGAAAAUGUAAUCAAAUUUCAGAAACUGACCGUGGCCUUUCCGGAGGUGUAUGAGAAAUACAUUGGAGAAGUCGAUGUGCGAGGCCCGGGGCUUUUUUUACCCUUUAACCCAUUUGAGAGCCUAACCAAGGACUUGGGAUCCUCAUUUUAUGGCUGUUUCGCCAGGGCUGCCCGCAUGACCCUUGAUAGGAUUACCAAAUAUAUCUGUGGAGCACAAAGCCUUGUUUUGAUGGAUUUGCUGAUGCCUUGGAAGGAAGAAAUUCAGUCCUUCUAUCGAUUCGCUACGUUCAACAUAAUCAUGGGAUGGGAUAAAAGCUUGAAAAGCCGUUUUGACACUUUAUUGCCCAUCUUGAGGAAGAACAACCCCGCCCUUUCCUCUCGAAAAUUCAAGAGUUUUUUCAAGCAAUGCGCCGCAAUCCUUGUCCUAAAGGAAUUAGAUUUUGACGCCAACAUUUCCACAAAUCUUAAUGGUUACUUGGAAGAGGUCUUCGACGCAUUGAACAUAAUCCGGAAUGAUAACGUGGCGGUUCAUGAUAAAAUGGACCUGACUUUUAUUCUGCCUUGUCGACACCCUGACGUCCAAGGGGGAUUCUUGAUUUCAUUUCAAGUAACGCCCUCCAAUAACGGCUGUUCAAUUAUCUGAGAAUCCUUUUUUUGUGCAUUUUUGUGCGGUUUUGAAAUAUUUGUGUGGGUUUUCUCCUUUGCACUAAAUUAAAGAUGUUAUUGACUA